GUCUUUAAUGAAGCACUUCAACAGCCACAGAAGCGCUGCCACAGAGAGCUGCGUUAAAUGAAGUGAACCUGGGCGCGCGCGCGCUAUUGGAUGAGCAUCUGGCGCGCGUCUCCGCCUCUCCUCGCAUCAUUCCGAGCGCUCGCGCCCGCUGCGGAUGCGUACGAUGGGACGGUCUCGCGCUCUGCUCCCCAUCUUUCUCCCUCACUGAAGCCGAAGAUUAACUCCAAACACAACAAUGGGGGGGAUUUGACGCGUAGCAGCCUGCGCUCCAUUUUAUUAGAAUUUAAAGCGUCGUGUUUUGGUUUAUUCCCGGUGAAAAUGGCGACGGGAGCAGGCUGGCAGCCUCCGUACACCUCCUCGACUAGCAGCACCACCAAAUAUACCCCCUCUCCAACAUCCAGCAUGUUUUACGACGCGGGUUUAACGCUGGAAUACACUCAAGACCUGCAUUUAAAGAUGAGCAAGAAGAUUGCACAACUGACCAAGGUAAUUUAUGCUCUCAACACCAAGAACGACGAACACGAAGAGGAAAUUGAGUCUCUGAAAGAAGCCCACGAGGAUGAGGUCCAACAUAUUGUGACAGAAACCAGAGAUAAGAUCAUGCAGUACAAGAGUAAGAUGGCGGACGAGGCUGACCUGAGGCGGCGGCUGGCCAGUCUGGAGGAAUCUGUCGAACUCCACGAACACAUGAAGAGACAGGCUUUAGCAGAGUUUGAGAUGUACAGACAGAGAAUGGAGGAUUCACAGCUCUGCACCGAGGCCCAACACACACAGAGAGUGGUCUCCAUGAGCAGAGAGGUGGAGGAGAUGCGUCGGGAUUUUGAGGAGAAGCUGCGGGCGUUCACCCAGACUCAGGCCCAGUUUGAGGCGGAUAAACGGCGAGCGCUGGAGGAUCUGAGGGCCACCCACCGCCAGGAGGUGGAGGAACUCCUCAACAACCAGCAGAACCAGAGCGCCACCUCCACCGAAGACCAGGAGAAACUGGCCGAGCUGCAUAGACAAGAGGUGGAGGCACUGAUGGAGAGGGUGGAGGAGCUAACGAAGGAUAAGGUGCGUUUGGUGGAGGAGUACGAGGCAAAGCUGGGCAAGGCUCAGGAGUAUUAUGAGAGAGAGCUGGAGGCCAUGAGGAGAACACACCAGCUCACCACUGAGAACCUGCUGGCCUGGAAAAGGACUGAGGUUGAGCUUCGUAAGGAGUUCCAGGCUCAGGAAGCAGCGCUGCAGCGCUCUCUGUCCAAGCUGAGGAGUGAGCUUCAGAAAGCUCAGGAGGAGGCCCGGGAGAACCGAGACAAGACCAACAGACUGCAGACGUCACUGGCCAACGCUGAGGGAACCAUCAAGAACCUGCACAAGCAGCUGGAAGAAGCCAUCCAGGACGGAGAGAUCUGGGUGAUGCAACUGAAGGACACUGAGUAUGAACUAGAGGGCAGCAGGGAACGAGUUCAACAGCAGGCAACUGAAAUCCUCCACAAAGCCAGCCAGAUUGGCUCUCUGCAGGCCACCCAGAUGGCCCACGAGGCGAGCAUCAGGAACCUGGACCAGGAGCAGAGCCGGCUGAAGGAGAAGAUCAGCAGGUUGGAGGAGGAGAGGGAGGCUCUGCUCAACCAGAGCCAGGCCGCCAACGAGCAGCAUAGACAACAAGUCCUUAAAUUAGAACAGUCUCUGCGUGAGGAGCACCAGGGUUAUGAGAAGGAGCUCACCAGGUUGAGGGCACACUAUGAAGAGGAGAUGCUUCGCUUUAAGGAGGCACAGGUCAGAGCGCUGGAGGAAAUGGAGGACAAGCAUCGGGCCAUGACAGAGGAGGCCCAGCAGGAGAAAGAGGAAGAGAAGAAACUCGUUAUGAUGAAAAUGAGUCAGGAGUUUGAGAUAAAGCGUCUGUCAUUAGAGGAGCAGAGAGACCGCCUUCAGCAGCAGCUGGACAACUUGAAAGAGGAGCUCUCGGCCAAACUCAACAUGUCCAAUCAGGAGGUGUCCCACCUCCAGGAGCUGGUGAGGGAGGGGGAGCAGAAUAUGGGUUCGGCUCAGACACAGAUCAACUGUCUGAAGGAGACUCAGGAGAAACUCAAGAUCGAACUAGACGCGACUAGAGCCCGAGUCCGAGAGACCAGCAACCUGCUGACGGACCUACAGGAAGAGAUCGAGACCCAGAAACAGCAGCAUGAGGCCAGAGUGAUGUCCAUCAGAACAGAAGAGAAACAGAAGAUGGACAAGAUGGCAGAUGACUUGGACCAGAAAUGGAGAGACGCACUGCGUGAAGAAGUGCGUUUGUUGAAGGAGGAGUUGACUGAGGAGUAUGAAGCAGACAAACAGGCAGCGCUGACUCAGAUCUCCCAGCAGAAAGAACUGGAGAUGAUGGCUGCGAGGGAGGGCUGGCAGAGGAAGGUGGAAGACCUGCUGGAACAGAUCUCUUUAUUGAAACAGUCUCUGGAGCUGCAGUUGUCUCAGUCGCAGUCAGCUCUCCAGCAGCUGCAGUCUCAGUUCAACCAGGAGAGAGAGCUGCUGAGCCAACAGCUGAAAGAGAUGCAGAGAGAACAUCAGAGGAGAGAACACCGAUUACAGGAGGCUCACUGCUGUGCCCUCAGCACCAUGGAGGAGGCCAGACAACACCAGAUCAGGGCCCUAGAGGAGCGUCUGAAGCAGGAGCAGAGGGAGGAGGUUCAUGCUCUGAAGGAGGCCCACAGGAGGACCUUCGAUAUCCUGAGACAGCAGUCAGACCAGGAGCUGCAGACGCUGCGAUUUGAACUGGAGGACGAGGGGAAAGCAAAGCUGGCCUCCCUCCGUGCAGAGCUGAACCACCUCCAUGCUACAGCUAUAGAGCACCUAAAGCAGAUCCACCUUAAAGACAACACUACCGUCAAACGGGAGCUAGAGAAAGCUAUGGAGCACAGCCACCAGCAGGAACAAGAGCUCCUGGUCCGUAUCUCCGACUUGCAGGCAGAGGUGUGUUCCCGUAGCAACCGCAUCACCGAUCUGGACCAUGAGAUCCACUCUCUGAACGAGACCAUUGACACUCUGACCAGAGAGCUGGAGCUGAAGGGCAAAGAGGUGCUGCGGGUCCGCAGUGAAGCUAACCAUCAGAUAAGGGCCCAUGAGCAAGACUUGGCGAAGAGACACGAGAGAGACCUGGGGGAGCUAAAUGUUGCCCAUCAUAGAGAAACACAGAUCAUGCUGGCUGACUUCAACAAAGCCCAGGAGGUUCUCAAAGACAAGAUUUCGGCUUUACAAAUACUGUUGGAGGGGACAGAGGAGAAGUUAAGGAACAGAGAAAGCCGACCAGAAGACCUGCAUAUUAUAGCAGAGCUUCGAGAGAUGGUCACCGAAAGAGAGGCUCUGGUCAAAAAGCUGGUGGACGACAAGAAGUUCUACCAGUUGGAGUUGGUCAACAGAGAGACGGGCUUCAACAAGGUCUUCAAUUCCAGUGCCAACGUCGGUGUCAUCAACCCUCUUAUCAAGUUAAAAACAGGCAGCCAAUCAGAUCACCGCUUCGCCAGCUUUCCUAGCCAGUCAGCUCUCCGAUUCGUCAGCCCUCCCACCACGAGUCAUGAAGGAGAGGAAGAGGAGGGACGGGAGGUGGAGGAGGUAGGACCAGGAGGCCGCUUUGUGCCUCCUCACUCCCCCCUCCAGAGGUCCCUCCCCCGGCUUACGAAACCCCUGCCACUGUUCAGUCCUCUUCCUCUUCCUCACCAUCCUCCUCCUCUUCCUCCUUGUCCUCAUCCUCCACAUCAUCCCUUGCCAAGCCUUGCUCUUCCUCAUGCUCCUCAUCCUCAGGAACCUCAGGUGCAGCAUCAGGGCCUACAAAGCUUUAGGAGCCUUCCUGAGGCAAACGCCACAACACCGUCAGACCCGAGGGGGACGAAGGCAGGAAAAAGCAAAGAAUACGUUGCAAAAGAAGAGGAGCUGUACGCUCAGUACUUCUCUUUCUGACAGGCAAAAAAAUCCCAAUUGUGUCAAAAAAUCAAGUAAUGGGACAGAGAGCUAAAGUUGGACAGCGAUCAAACUGCAGGUUUUGAAAGCAAUUUGGGCGACUUAUAUUUCAAAUGUGCAUUUCUAAUCACACUCCCAACAGUCAUGUGCAGGACUGGGAUUUUAGGGCUACCACACAUGGUGAGCAUUGUACGAUGAUUGAUUUGUCAGUGCAUCAUCAUAAAAGUGUGCAUGGUAAAAAUUCAUUUGUUAUUUUAUACCAUCUGCAAUUCUGCAACACAUGAAAUCUGUAUGAGCUCUAAAGUUGCACUAGGCAACUGAAGUUGUAAGAAAUAAGUAUAAUCUUAAAAAGUUUGAAGGACUUCUACCCAUACAUCCUGUGAAGUCAAAGUCAAAAGGUAGAAUAGUGGUGAUGUGGAGGUAUUGAAGAGUUCUUUGCACUGCUCUUAAAGCGUUUAGAUAUAUUUGAUUCUCGCUUUGAAGUUUAAAUUUGUGAAUUCCUGUGCAGAGGAGAUUCCCAAAAGAGACUAGAUAUCAGAUGUCCACAUUUUUCCAGCAAUGCACUGAUAUUUCCAGAUAAUAUGAAGAAGAAAACUGAUAUGUAGCUACAGUAGUUUUUUAAGUUGAUAGGUAAGGAAGGGAAAAAUUAGCUUACUGAUUGUGAUGAUCUAAUCAAUUUUUAGUUAACUAGAUUCUUAACCAGAGAUAGCAGGAAUAUUUAAGUAUACAAGGAUAUAUUAAGGAUAAAUUAAGUUUAUUACAACUUGAGUCUUAUCUGUUUUGACCAUCCUUCCUAUGAAUUUAAAUAACAUGGUACCCACUAUGUUAAUAUCUGAGAUCUGGGAACACAUUGCUUAAUCAGACAGGUUGAUAACAAACAAUCAAACUUAUUUGGGAGAGUAAAUGAAGAACAGUAAAAUUACCCAAACCUUUGUUGUUAACAUCCAUCACAGUUUACAGACUGACUCCCUGAUUUAACUUUGAUGUGUACUGCACACACAGUUUUCCUCUUCAACGAGGACAAUGAGCAACAUUUUAGUGCACUCACUGUCAAUUUUACCGCCAAAUAAAAAAAUGGUUAAGAUAACGUGGCUGAACAAAAUUAAACUGGGUAAGUAACUUGGUUUCAUGCUGGUUUCCCAGAUCUUAGCAUCAUAACUGAUAUAAAUGAUCAAAAGAACUACAAAAAGAUACAAGUUGGAGUAAAUCAGAAUUAUCCUUAACACUCCCAAAACACUCCCAAACCUCGCUGACAUUAGGCCACAGCUAAAUUUUUAAACUCACACAAAGAUGUCACAAACUGCAGUGUUCAAUGAGUGUUCAUAUAAGAUAAGUUUCUCUUUCUAUAUACAUCAUCAUGUGUCUUACAAGCCGUAAUCUGACUGGAAAUGCUACAAUGUGAUUUUUGCCUUGAUACUCGCCUUUAGUCUUUCAUGCUGCAGGCUCAUCUGCAGUACAAAUAUGUAUUUAGGUAAAAGGAUAGACCUAGCUUUAGAUCCUGGUUGGUUUUUGGCCUCUACAGUACAACAAACUACAGUACAGUACACCACAAUAAUGACACCAGCAAAAAAAAAAAAAAGACCAACUUUAGCUUGCUGUCCCAGUGCUUUGACUGUGUACAUACAGUAUAUGUUUGAAAGUCAUUUUCAAAUCUCUGAGCUAGCUGAGGGGCGCUUGAUUUACCAUUCCAGACGCCUCAACAGUCUCAGGAGGGGAACCAUCAAGACAAAUUGAAUCAAGCACCCCUCAUAUUUUUAUUAUUCCAAUAUUUAUAAUGUAACAAGCUACUGUUUUUCUACGGUCUGUUUGUGAUGCCGGUGGACCAGAGACAUGCAGACAAAGAGUUCUGUCAGUGACAUGUAGAUGUUAUUUGACUCCUAGGAACUUUUUUUAAUGCCAAGGAGUGUUUAGUCAAAGCUACACACUUUAUCUCAUUACAAGCUACCUAUAGGAGUUCAUGUCGGUGACUGAACUCUUUUGCUUUGUGUCUCUGCCUGUGGGGCAGACCAUAGAGCAUGUGAAAACAGAAACACUAUCAUAAUGCUGCUGUCACUCACUUGAAAUCCUCAUAUCUCCGGUUUUUGGUGUACUGUCCGUUUUUUAACUAAGUCCAUUCAGUAACCUGUACAGUUUCCAAACUGCAUGGUCAUCAUCAGCCUGAAAGAGGCUCUGUUUCUUACUUAUUGAAACGUGGAUAGAGGGACAUGAGGUCUGAGGGUUUGAUUCCUCUCACACUGACACUACCAAGUUUAUUCAACACCACAAACAGAUACAGAUACAUUUCAGUAGGAAUCGAUGCUUGUCUUCCAUAACAGAAUUAACGGAGGCCCCAAAUGGUUCAGGAAGUGUUUAUACUUUGCUUGUAUACGUUCAUGGGUGAUAUUAGACAAUCCAAUCAAACCACAAAGAAUUGAAUCCACACCUCUCUGACAAAGUCUCAACAAAUAUUGAACACUUUGCUUCUGUGCUCUUAUAUUGGAUGGCAUUAAACAGUUCUUUCAUCUAGCCCCUGUAGAUAUUUCAUGUAAGCACAUUUUAAGUGGUAUAUCCUUCUAAAAUACAUACUAAAAUAUUCAUUUGUUACAUUCUGGUCCAAGUUUUCUUAUUUUGGAACCAAACCAUGUACAUUUUUCUUUUGUCUUUGCCUUUCUCAGCCAGAAUCACUUGAGAAAUUUGAUUGAUUUCCUUUUCACUACAGAGAAACACCAGAAAGGAUCUCAUUACACUCCGCUUUUAGUCAUAGGCCUUCUUCAGAUGGACAAACAGAAUGAAAAAUGUAUAUAUAGACAUUCCUGUAAUUAACCCAAUUGCAAAACAUUUGUGUAUCUCACACACAAGAUUAUACUGAAGCAUAUUGUAGUCUUUUGAUAUCUAUAUACUACAAAAAUGGAGGAUAAAGGAUGUAAGGGGUAAUAUACAGUUAAAGGAGUCUAAUAUUUUGGGAAAUACGCUUAGUCACUUUCUUGCUGAGAAUUAGAUGAAAAGUUUGAUAUCACUCUCAUGU